AUGUCAUUUGAGGAGACCCGAGAGACCAGACGAAUAUCUACAAUUAAUCAGAACAGUGUUGGCGCGCCUAUACUUGAAGCAAUACAUGCAAAAUAUAAUGCUGACAGGGUUGGAAACGAUUUAUUUAUUAAAUAUGAUGGAUGUGCCAAGGAAGCUAUCCAUCGUCGACUAGCGAAUUUGGCUGAAGCACACAAUCCAGCCCGGAUUACCCAUGCUCAACAACAUUGGAUUGGGAUUGAAUAUAUCGGCAUUGCUAUACCUGAAUCCAUUCGUCGAAACCCGAAUCCCCAACAAGCUUCAGUUGCUGUAAUUGCCCAAAACAACAUCUCAAACCGACCUCUAUAUGCUAUCCAUUGGGACGCAAAUAAUAACCAAAUUUAUUAUCCUUAUAACUGGAAUACACAUCUAUUACUUAGAUGUGGAUGGACACUUUGA